UAUUUAUGGCCGAUUCUAUGUCGUUUUCCAAACACGUGCUUGAAUGAUUAAUAUUUUCGUUCGAAAUCAUCAAUCCAUCAACAACAAAAAAUGCCUAAAAGUAAAUUGUUAUUAGAGAAAAUAAUCGCUCCAACAACCGAAAGUGGUGAUGAUGAUGAUGAUGAUGAUAAUGAUGGUGUUGGAAUCAAUAAUUUUAAUGAUGAAUAUUCAGACGAUUCUGAUGCCGAAUUGGCAAAAGAUUUUGCUAUGGGUAAACUUAAACCAGGUUUAUAUGGAAUGCUUCCAUUCAAAAGAACUGCCGAACAAAUUAAUGACAAAGAAGGUUUGAUGAAAAAAUUAAACGAAAUCAAAAUAUUCGACGAUAAUUGGUUGGAACGAUUGGAUCUAAUAAGUGAACCAGCCAUUAUAACACCUGAAUUAUUACAACAGUAUGGUGAUCUUGAUCUAAAAGUAAAUCGUAAAGGUGAAAUAUCUGGCGAAGAAUUGGAUGAUCCGGCACAAAAUGAUUUUAAACGUGAAAUGUUAUUCUAUCGUCAAGCACAAACAACCGUAAUGGAUUCAAUACGACGAUUUCAUAAUCACUAUAAUAUUAAAAACACUCGACGACCAGAUGAUUAUUUUGCCGAAAUGCUUAAAAGUGAUGAACAUAUGAAAAAAGUUCAUCAAAAACUUGAAACACAACAAACAACAAUGGAAGCAUCUGAUAAAGCUAAAAGACAACGAGAUUUGAAAAAAUAUGGUAAAAAAGUUCAACAAGAAAUUCAGCUGAAACGACAACAAGAAAAACGUGAAUUAUUGGAAAAAAUUCAACGAUAUAAAAAAGGCAAAUUGGAUUCAUUGGAUUUUCUUGAUCAACCGAAUGGUGGACCGUCAACAUCGAAAAGUAAACAACAACAACAACCGAAACAACAGAUGAAUGGUAGAAAUGUUAAGAAAAAUGGUAAAGCUAAAAUUACGAAAAAACAACGAUAUAAAGAAACCAGAUAUGGUUAUGGUGGUCAAAAAAAACGUUCCAAAUAUAAUUCAUCACAAUCGGCUGCAGAUAUGUCCACAUUUUCUGCACGUAAAAAUGGCCGACCAAAAAUCAAAGCAAAUCGACCGGGAAAAUCACGACGACAAAAAAUUAGAAAUAAAUCCCGAUAAUAAUAAAUGAGUUUAUGGUUGUAAAUUUUUUUUUUGA